AUGUUUUGGGCUAACAUCUAUGCAUUGUCUCCACAAAUUGAGGCAUUACUUAACAAAGAAGAUGUCACACUCCAAGAGCUGAUGGAUCAAGAGGAAAUAGUGCCUGAGUGUAAAAGUCAGAACAAAAAAUUAGUUGAAUAUCUGACAAGGCCUGAAGUUAUCGAAGAAUUAGUAUCGCUGACCACUAAAGAACCGCCUGAAGACAUCGAGGAGAGAUGGAGGUACAAAUACCCUAACGUAGCUUGUGAAUUACUCACGUGCAAUGUUCCGACUCUUAAUGAAAAGUUGGCAGGUAAUUUAUUGGAGCAACUUCAAUUAUACUUCUUAUUCUUGGUUCCGAAACAUUGUUGGCAAAAUUAUAUUCAUUUAUCGACACCGAUGAACCAUUGAACCCACUUCUUGCCUCAUUUUUCAGUAAAAUAAUAGGAGUACUUUUGAUCCGUAAAAGUGACCAGAAUUGGUACUCCUAUCAGUUCAUGUGCUUGCAGGUCUUAGAGUUUCUUAAAGGUCGCCAGAAGUGCGUGGAUCGUCUUCUCGAGCACCUUGAGACCUCGGCGAUAAUGGAUUUGGUGCUGAAGCUUGUCACCAAGGUCGAGGGCGUUGACAUGCGUCAGAAUAUACUAAAUUGGUUGGAUACUCAGCAACUAGUACAACGAUUGAUUAAAUUAUUAUCGUCUGAAGCUGAUUCAGACAAACAUACUAAUGCGGCACAGUUACUUUGUGAUAUUGUUAAAUUAGCAAGGGAGUACAGGUUAACGUGCACUGAACGCACUGAUCCUGAUCCUAUUCUCAAUACAUUAGAGUCAGAAGAAACCGUGUCAUUAAUACUAGAGACUAUUUUAUCUGGUGAACAUAAAGAAAGUAGCAUUGUAGGAGGUAUUCAAGUACUAUUAGUUUUACUUGGCCAAGAAACAAACAAUAUUUUAAUUGAUCCAAAACAAGGUAAUAAUUCUGGUGAAGAUACAACAGAAAAUAUGGACCGUAUUAAAAUCCAAAAUGCCACUUUACCGUACCUGGAAAAAUUACAAAAGUUAUUAUUGGACCCACCGCCUAAGCCCUCAGUUAAGACAACAGCCGGAUUGCUAGAGAUUCCGUUAGGGAAUACCCGCCUGCAUAUUGCCAAAUUAUUAACAGCUCUUCUUUCGUCGGAGAAUAUUAAAGUAUUCCAAAAGCUCGCUGAGCUAGGUACAUUCCAAACGUUGUUGGAUUUAUUUUUCAAGUACUGUUGGAAUAACUUCCUUCAUACUCAAGUAGAACAAUGCCUGGCUUUAGUUAUUAGUGGAGAGUGGCAAGAGAAUAGCAAUUCAGUAUAUUCGCACAUAUUUGUUCAGUGUAAAUUGAUCGAGCGUAUACUAGACGCCUGGGUGAUAAAUGACGAUAAACAAAAAAAAGAAAAUGGAAUCCGUCAAGGCUAUAUGGGCCAUUUAAUAAAUAUAGCUAAUGAUAUUGUUAAAAAGUCUGAAAAGAGCGAAGAAUUGAGCAAGUAUUUAAAAGAAAAUGUUCCUCAAGAGUGCUUUGAAAAGUGGGAAGCACUUGUAAAUACUCAACUUGCUGAAAUUAACAAAACACACCAAAUAUUCCUGGGCGGAAAAACACAGCCGUACAUCACAUCGUCUGAGGACAGCACAGAAGAUUUUAAUUCUUACUCCCAAGAUAAUUAUUGCCAGCAGGUUUAUGAAAAUUAUCAAGAACAACAAAUGACAUCACGUUUUACCGAUCAUUACGGCUUAUAUGACGAUAAAUUUAAUGAUGGAAAUGAUGCUCUGCAGCCCAGUAAUUCGGUUGAUCAGAUAGCCACGAUGCCUUUCACUUUAACUGAAGAAGAUCUUAUCCAACAAGAAGAUGCAUUUAAUAAAAUAUGUCAACAAAAACAAAAAGCCGGCCUAGAGGAAGACGGUCUUGAAUGGGGCGAUGAAGGCGAACUAACUUUCCAAACAGUUAUUGAUAAGCGCGAUUGGCCAUUCAAGCAACAGCAGCAUGAUUCUAUUUCUUCCGACGAGGACGAAGAUACUAAAGACAUUCAGAUGGAGAUAGAUUCUGCUGAUCCUUGGGACACGCCAGAGCCUUUAUCAAACAAUACAAUUCUACCAGAAGUAAAUCCUUGGGAUUCAUCGACAUCGCCUACAGAUGAAUCGUCAGGCUGGGCUAAUUUUGACAACUUUGAUAGUACGCUUAACAUUGCAAACCCUGCACAAACAACCAUGCAACCUAACGCUGAACCUGAAAAGCAGGAAGUACCUGAGACAACGACUAGUACAACAGACAAACUAGCUACUUCUAAUCCCGCACCAAUUGCCACUUCUUCUCCUUUUUUGACUAAUUCUUCUUCUUCUCCUAAUGAUAUUAAGUCCCCGGAAGCAUCCGCUGAUCAAGAUCCAAUUACAGCUAAUAUCAUUGAGGAUAAGAAUACUAAGGAUUCAGUUAAAGAAAAUCCAGAUAAUAAUGUGUCUUCAAAUGUAAAUGAUAAUGCUAAUGUAGAGCCCAUUGAAAAUAUUCCUACAAGUGAUAGGUAAAU